ACUUUGAGUCGCACGCACCACGCAUCUCGUACUACGCACUACGCACAAAACGCAAGCGCGACAAUCGUGCGUCGCGAGUGGUUACCUCAGUGAAGACAAGAAUUACUAAGCUUUUCGUACAACGCGUAUCCGACUUAUGGGAUGCGACGACGGAUACUGAAGACGCAGUGGAAACUAAUGAAUUUCUUAAUUAACGAAACAAUGAGUUAAUUCAAUAUCAGUACCGAAAGUGAAUCGAAGGAACAUUGCUCAAGGACUGCCUUGAAUUUGUGCUUUUCUAGCAUUGAACACUGUGGCUCUUGACGUCCCUUAAAAAUGUAUUGCUCUUAUCAAAAUCUAAAAUUACUUCUUCGCCAAUCUAACGCAUAUCAAACGGUAUGACCAGGACAUAAAUUCAUAUCAGUGUACUGACAAACGAAUCCUUUAAAUACUAAUCGUUAUUUACUAGUCAAAGAAAUAGUGUAUACGGUUGGGGCUUGAUGGCACCAAAGAAUCGCACCUAGCUGUGUACUAGUGAUAAAAAAGAUAAUUAAACCAGACCAAGUACCGAUUGUGACCAGAGACGAGACAUCAUAUUACCCAAGGAUCCUCGACUAUGGUUGUAUUGAGUCGCGUGGGGUCGCCGACGAUGUCAGCGACUGUCGCCGGUAACCAGCAACAGCAACAUCCCCAUCAGGAGUGGGAUAUCAAUGAUUCCAAUGUUCCCAGGAUCGUAGAGUACGACCCCUGGUGCGAGUGGGCAGACGGACACGUCAGAAGAGUUUACGGACCUGAUUGCGAGGAAGCGCGACGACAUGCCUCCGGAUGGGCUAUGAGAAACACGAAUAACCACAACGUGAGCAUCCUCAAGAAGUCCUGUCUGGGUGUUCUUGUUUGUUCGCAAGGUUGCAUACUGCCAGGAGGUGGUAGUGUGCAUCUGAGACCAGCAAUAUGCGACAAGGCACGAAAGAAACAGCAGGGAAAACCCUGUCCCAAUAGACAAUGCACAGGACGAUUAGAAAUAUUGUCCUGUCGUGGACAUUGCGGCUAUCCUGUCACUCACUUCUGGCGGCAUACGGAACAUGCCAUUUUCUUUCAAGCUAAGGGUCAGCACGAUCAUCCACGUCCUGAGGCUAAAUCUACUUCCGAAGCCAGGAGGAGUGUCGGCGCUGGCAGACGUGUUCGUGGAUUGGCAGUUUUAUUGGCCAGAGAAGCCGCCCUGGGCUCUAAGUUAAUGUCUCUGCGGGGAACUAAAAGACCAAAUACAGAAGCUAUCGAACAACCUCCGAGAACGACGCAACCUCCGCCCUUAAUAUCGGACAAAGGAUAUUCCUGCUCCUGUUCGCCUUUUGAAUGCGUAUGCGGACUUCAGACGAGCAUACCUUCGUAUCAGCAGACACAGCAUCAAAACACCAUGUACCCUCAACCAAAUUCUACGAACGAGACUCCCUAUUGGAUCCAAGAAGCUGUACAGAGUCACGAAAAUACCCUGGGCUAUUGUUUACCCAACCAGGUCCCGCAGGAAGCCUCGUAUCCAGAUUUCCCUUCGUUCACCGGCGACCUUUUUCAGCCUGAAGAAAUUUUCCAAUUGGAUCAACCGCUGAGACCAGACUUCCCAAUGAAUCCUCAGGACAUUGCUCGUUCACCACCGACCUUGCUCGACCUUGGCAGUGGUACUAUAAAAUACGAGAUCAAACAGAAUCAGGAUCAGGCUUAUUGGAGCCAGCUUCUGAGCGAGGACUCCAGCAGCAGUCAUUUGAGCCUUCCUCAAGCUCAAGACGAGAGACUGCAGUUUCCAGGCUUUGAAUCUGAAAAGGACGUCAAUGGUUUCCAUUCUAGAAGACCCGUUAAUUGUUACGGCGACGAGAAAGGUGCCAAUCACAAUCAGAGCAUUACGGACCCAAUGAAUUAUCCCACCUAUGCAAGACCUCAGGAUCAGAAAGACUUCGCAAGUGAUAACAUCAAGUACGAUCCGAAGAAUGAUCCUGGACAUACCUACUGGACUCAGGGUUACGAAAAUAGGUCCCACUUUCCUAGUUUUCAGGCCCAAAAAGAGGACAAUGCCCUCGCCACCCGUAGACCGCCCACCUGUUUCGUCUCGAACAAAGAGCCCAGUCAAACUCAGCCGCUUAAUGAUCGAAUGAACUAUCCUGUCUACCAGAAGCCACCGCCGACAAAUCACAAAUCGAUGACUCAAGCUUCAAAUCUGGACGAGACGAUUCAUCCUAGUCACAGUCCCGUCCCGGAGAGCAAUGUAACACCUUUUGGAAAUUUCGAGGCUUAUCAUCAAAUGAUCGACACAAGCGUCAUAAAGAGUCCUACUGAACGUUCACCGAUACCAGGUCAUAGAGUCCUAGAUGACAGAUUAACCUACGUCAAUCCCACUGAACAGAGCUCCGCCCUUUCUGAGAGACUCUACCCAGAUCAGACCUCAGAGACUACCGUCCAGUCUCAAAGUAGUCCUGAACCCUUCUUCUACCCCAGCAACGAACGCUGCCAUUACACGUGCGAAGUCCUGGACACGCGAAUCCCCCAGAUGCCGCUACCUGCUGGGCACAAUGUUAACUAUUCCGAAGUUGCUGACCUGGAGGUACCGCCAUUCGUGGAUUAUACCCUAGUGGGCAUGCUGUGUAGCCCUGGCGAUGAUGAUCCCUCGCCGGGAUUACUUCCUGCUUGCACUCAGCCUAGCCAGACUUACGUUCCCAAUCACUAAACGAUAGACAACGUUGACUUGUACUUGUAUUAUAAAUAAAUAAU